AUGAAAUUGGUUAUCAAGAGAAACAAAUUGAGCUCAUCUUGCUCCAAAGAAAUUAUUGGCAGCUCAAAUGCUAGCCAAAUCAUUCGUGAAAAAAAGGUUGCUUUGAAGGUAUUACGUGGUUAAAAUGUUGAUAUGCUGGUCCAUGAAUACUAAGUUUUAAGCCAAUUAAAUCACACCAAUAUUAUUAAACUUGCCUCUGAUAAACCCUUCAAAAUGUUAAAGGGUGAAGAAGGUAAAGUUGGAUUAAAAUUAGAACUCGGUCAUAUUGAUCUUUUCCACUUCUUGAAAUAGAGCUAACCUGCUCGUCUUAACACUCCCACUGUUAAAUCUAUUUUCCGUUAACUUGCUUAAGCUCUAUAAUAUUUACAUGAUGAAAAACAAUUAGCUCACAAUGAUAUUAAAUUAGAAAAUAUCUUGCUUUUCUUUAUUUAAAAUCAAUAAACAGAAAUUUGUCCUAAAUUAAUUGAUUUUGGCCUCGCAUCUGCUUCUAAAGUGUAAACAUCUACUAUUUACAAUAACUGGUGCAAUCGUUCACCUAACAAUCUUCCUCCUGAGAUUAUCGAAUAGCUUAAUAAGUGCUGCGAUGGCACAUCCUCCCCAGCUUUAAAAUCAUUUGACAGUUUUGAUGAUGAUGAAGAAUCUGAAUUUGAUCUAUCAAAAUGCGAUGUUUUUUAAUUUGGCCUAACACUUUUCAAUGCCUUGUUUUUAAACAAUGCUUUCUGCUGGGAAAAUGGGUCAUCAAGCUAUGAAAACUUCAUCAAUAAUACCCCUGAAAAUUAUUGGUAAUAAGAAAAAAUAUAACACAUGCUCAAUAUGCUAAGAGUUGAUUCUUCUUAGUAAGAAAUCGAGCAAGUUGUUGAUUUAUUCAAUCUCUGCUUUAAAUAUAACCCUUCUGAAAGACCUUCAAUGAAAUAAAUUUUGGGACACGCUUGGUUUGUUUGA